AUGAAGCUAUAUUUCGAGGCUGAAAGCUUUCUCAAAGGUGGAGAGAGAGGUCUUAAAACCCGUAUUUUCAAUGCAAAAUUAACAAACUCGCCAAAACAUGUUUAUGCGCUCGUCAUUUCUACGCUCAAAUUCAAAGAGCACAUCAUGACCAUAAUCAAGAAGUCGAAAAUAGAACAAUUUCCUGCUAUUCGCAAGCUCAAAGUGAAGGAAAGUUUGCUUAUGUUGCUAGUGCAUGAUUUCCUCUUCUCACCAAAGGGCAGAAUCCAAUCUGGAAAGCAUCCAAUCAAGGACGCAUUUCUUGCCAAUAAAACAAGGCUACAUGCUGAGUUGAUCAAACUUAAACUCAAAUUCAAGGCUAAAUCCGUUGACCAAUUGCCUCUUAAGGAUGGUAUGGAUGAUGAUGAAACUCCUGUAAGGUGGUUCAGAGUGAAUACCAUCAAGACCGACCCAGAGACUUUAUUUAAAAAACACAAGUUCUUUUCCGAUUUGCAGCCCGUGUCUGCAAUUGGAGAUAUAAUUAGCACCGGUGUCAUUUAUGAGGAUCCUUUCAUUAAACACCUUUACGGCAUCCAUCCAAGAGAGAAGCUCACAUCCUCAGAAGCCUAUUUGAAGGGCGAAGUAAUCAUUCAAGACCGUGCUUCAUGUUUUCCUGCUGCCAUUUUGUUUGAUGACAAGAACGACCAACACAGCGAGGUCAUUGAUGCAACUGCUGCUCCGGGAAAUAAGACAACACAUUUGGCUUCGUACGUGGACAAGCUAGAUGGUGUGGUCUAUGCUUUCGAGAGAGAUGACCGCAGAGUGAAGGUGCUAAAAACGAUGUGCGAGACUGCUACUGGAAAAAAGAGGAAGGAUCUAAUCCACCCUACUCACUCCGACUUUACUGCCAUCAGCGCCGCCGAUUUCCCCCAAAUUACCGGUCUUAUUGUGGAUCCAUCCUGCAGUGGGUCUGGAAUUUUCGGAAGAGCAGUCGAAGAUGCCAGCUCUGCGGAGCAGACACAAGAGGACAUAGACACCGAAAGACUAAAUAAGCUUGCAGGGUUCCAGUUCAAAAUUGUGAAGCAUGCACUUUCGUUUCCAAAGGCUCAUAAAGUGGUCUACUCAACAUGCUCUAUCCACCCACAUGAGAAUGAGAGAGUAGUUGUUGACUUGCUUCGAGACCCAGAUAUUCAAAAGCAAGGCUGGAAGUUGGCUAAACGUGAUAUCGUUGUGCCUGAAUGGCCUAGAAGAGGUUGGGAGCAGGAAUUUUCAACCCUUUGUGAUGCAGAUUUGGAGAAAUGCAAAGAGAUGGCUGGCGCAUGUGUUAGAUUUGUUCCCAAGGAAGACGGAGGUAUUGGCUUUUUUGCAGCAUGUUUUGUUAGGGAUCCACAAGCUUGA